UUUUCUAAAACUAAAAUGGGGAAGAAAAGGAUUUACGAAUUUUCUCUCUACCAACGCGUGUCCCCGGUUCCACGUCCAUGGGCUUGACGCGUGGAAACAAUUAUAUUUCAAUUUGUGUUUUACUCCUCGGCAGAAACUUCUCACCUGUUUGAAGGUUAUCGGGGGAGAUCUUUGCCCAGCAGAUUGAAGAGAGUCAUUCUCGCAGCAAUUCCAAAACCACCAUCUACCGAAAGAAAACGGAAAUGCUAGCUUUUGAUUGGAUAAUUGGGGUUAACAAUGGAUUGAGAACUCAUUGUCCCUGAUAGAGAAGAGGAAAAGAAGCAGCAAUUUUUUUCCCAAAUUCUAAGUCACCAGAGACGGCUGGACAUUAGCUCAUCAGAAAAGAGCUAGAAGUUACAAAUGUCAUCGCUCUAGGGCGCAGAUGAAGCCUUUCUUUGCCUCCACUGGUCAGCUGUGGAAAGAGCAGAAGCUAGCCGAAAAACCUGCAAGGUUUGGCAUCAGCACUGGCACCCAAGGUGAUAAAAAAGCCCCAUUAAAGAGCUCAUCAAUAAUGUUCACUCUUCCACUUUCUCCCACCAACUGUAGCCUUAUUUUUCCAUGAACUGAUAGCUUUCAUUUUUGGCCUCAAGGAGCAAUUCAUUGAAAAUAGAGUCCUACAUCUUGCUAAAAUCAUGAGUAAAGAAAAAGGCAACAUUUUAAUAACUAUGCUGAGUUCAGCUGCUUCUUCAACUGUGGGUCUUUUUUCAGAAAGAAAAAAGAGUCCGCCAAGGUGAAAGAAGAAUGGACCCUCGACAAGAAAAUCACAUGCAAAUGCAAAGCAAAGAUAACGAUGGACAUAGGAGGAGCAUAUAUUGUUUCUAAGAGCCAUAGUGCUAUAUGGAAGAAUGGCAUGGAAGGUUCGCUAGGAACAACUUCCACAAAUUCAGAGUACUUUGCCUCUACCUCAGUACUUGCACCAACCAUUCAUGCUUUGCUUCUUAUUAUAUAUUCUAGAAUUUUGAGAAAGAAAGUGAAGAGGUGGGAGGUCAAGGUGUUGGGACUUAGCUCAGAGUUGGUGAGAAAGGGGAAGGAAAUUGAGCAGUUCAUCAAGGAGAGUACAUCUCAUUUUUUUUUUGGUGAUCUACGGGGUCAAGGACCCCAACAAAGGAAAGAAAGAGAGAACAACACAAGGCAAGAAAGAAAGCUAAGACCCUAUAACUCUGAUAUAGUCUUUUUUAAGAGGCUUUGGCUUUUAAAUUAUGGCAAUAUAAAAAUUUCAUAUAAGUAAUUAUUUUUUGCUUUUGGUGCACCUAUUUGCCGCCUUAAUAUGUGAUAUUUUUUUAAUAUUUGUGAGUAUUACUAAAAAUAUCACGACCCAAAAGUUUAGAAGCACUUAGAUCAAACAAACUCAUUCAAUUACUAUUGUCAAGGAGUUAGGAAGAAUGAUUGUUCUUAACUUAUAUUGCUCAUGUGAUAUCAUAGAUAGUCCCCUAAAUGGUUUCCAUCAAGAAUAAUUUAAUGGACGAGCAGAAGAUGAGAAAUUUUUUUUUUUGAAAAAAUUCCAAAGAUGCUAUCAGUUUAUAAAAGUUAUAAAAGAAAAAAUCAGCACAAUUAUUGAUUCAAAAUACUAAAAGAAAAAAAUUAUUUUACUAGGUAUGAGUCAUUAGCAACUGAAGUAGUUGAUGGUUUAUAUGAUUUAUGCUCUAAGGCAUUACAUUUUGUUUAUUUUUAUUUUUUUUAUUUUGUGUGCGUGUGUAAAAAUAUUAGCAUGUGCUUAAAUGUUGAUUUGUGUUACUUAAGCAUAUAUGGUUAAGUAGAACAAAAAUGUUGAUUGUGUUGUUGUAUCAAUGACUGUGUUAGGUAACUGUACAUGUUAACUGUUGGUUUUUUUUUUUUUUAUUGGAAUGAUUAGGCUAAUGAAAGAAUGUGUGGAAUUUUCUAAGAAUACAUUAUUAAUUUAUGUGAUUAAUAGUUGAAAUUUAUUUAUGAGGUGUUUGAGUAAUUCUUAUUGGUUUGAGGAAACACUUUUAAUUUAUUUUUCUUUUUUCUUUUUUCAGUUUUACAGCAAAUAAAGAAAAAAAUAAAAGACGAGAGGGAAAAUAGAAAAACUGAGAAAGGAAUAUGAAAAGUGAAAAAUUUUAAAAAUAUCUUUUUUUGUUCACUUCUAUCUCAUUGUGAAUAAAAAUGACUUUUUAAAUAUGUUAAAAAUAUAUUAUU